CACGUUCCCGGCACCCCUCGGCGGCCGGUGACGCCAAGGAGGCGGGGCAACCGAGACUGGCAAGCCGGCCUGCUGAGGAGAAGCCCCGGGGCAGGCGAGGCGGGGAGGCGGCGCUUCCCCGCGCUGUUGCCCCUGACAGAAGCGUCCGGGAGGCGAGCAUGGCCGAGCGGGCUUAUCGCAAUGCUUUCAGACUCUUAAAUCGCUGCGAACAAGAAGUCUGUGGAGAGUAAACUAUCCUAAGUACAGAAGGACCCGGAAGAAGGACUCAGUGCCAAUGCAGCAACAAAAAAGACAACCAGAGUUAGUGGAAGGAAAACUUCCUGUCUUUGUAUUUCCUACCGAACUUAUAUUUUACGCUGAUGACCAGGCGACGCACAAACAGGUGUUGACUCUGUAUAACCCCUAUGAGUUUGCCUUAAAAUUCAAAGUUCUGUGUACAACUCCAAAUAAAUAUGUGGUUGUGGAUGCUGCAGGUGCAGUGAAGCCUCAGUGCUGCAUUGAUAUAGUGAUCCGCCACCAAGACGUUCGGCCUUGCCAUUACGGAGUGAUCGAUAAAUUCCGGCUCCAGGUCUGUAAGCAAAGCCAGAGGAAAGCCCUGGGAAGGAAGGAAGUGAUUGCUACUCUGCUGCCCACUGCAAAAGAGCAGCAACAGCAGAAAGAAGAGGAAGAAAAGAGGCUGAAGGAGCAUCUUGCCGAAAGUGUAUUUCUGGAGCAGACUUUGUGUCAGCCAGAAAACAGAAUUGCCUCAUCAGGGCCUAGUUUACUCACCGUCUUUGUGGGAAUCCUGUGCAUUGCUGCUCUCAUGCUUCCCACAUUGGGAGAACUGGAUUCCCUGGUGCCUCUCUACCUCCACUUAAGCGUGAAUCAGAAGUUAGUAGCUGCUUAUGUAUUAGGUCUCAUCACCAUGGUUAUCCUAAGAACAUGAGUGAUAUUUUAAUUGGAUGCGAAAGUUUUUUUUAAAAAGGUGUUAUAAAUUCACAUCAUGAAUGUGAACUGCCUUUGACUCCCAUUUGGCUCAUUAGGAUGCUAUGGAAAAGUUAUUCACUGAUUUACAGUACUUUUUCUUAAAGCAAUGUUUUAACUAUGUUUAACUGAAAAUGAUUGAAGCAUUUGGCCAUGCUUCUGUUACAGACAACUAUAAAAUGCUCAGCGAUUAUAUCUGUGAAAUGAAUCUGGAGCAACGUUUAUAUUUAUGUCCACCCCACCGAAUGCUUAUUAAAAGGAAUGCUGUUUGUUUUAAAAUUCACGUUCCCAUCUCACCACGAACCCCAGCAGAUACGUCUGCAAUGUUAAUUCGUCUUCUCCCUGUCUGCAUUGCCAUUAGUGCUAACUGACUUUGAGUAGCGCCAUCAGUGUCAGGAUGGCAGAACAUUUUUCGGAACCGAUUACCUGACAGUGAAUGUUUUAUUAAAAAAAAAAAGGCAGGAGUGGCAGGCAGUAUUGUGUUUACAUAGUUAGCUAGUUCGUCGACACAUCCUUUACUGGUGGGAGACACAGGACUGUGCUACCCAUUUCCGUCCAGCUCAGUCGCCUCGGUUCCUUUGCAUUGAGGCUGACUCGGCUAAUGUUCAGCAGAGACGACCUUCACACAGAGUCCGCUCCCCCUUGGGGGCGGGAUGCAGACUAACAUUCCCUUAACCGGUCGUAGCUACUUGAUUGUGCAUCGAAACUAAGACCGUGCUGCUUGUAUCCACGUGUGCGCGAGAUUUGUGCUCCGUCUCCCUCUUUUGCAAAACCUGAAACUGACUUCGAGGGUGAAUGUCUCUUGCGUUACUUGUCCAUGGAACUGAGUGAUUGUCCGCUUCAGCCUAGUCUUUUUUGUUCAGUUCGAAAGGAAAUGCGAAAGUUUUCUUUCCCAGACCUGGUGGUUCUGUUCUUGGUUCCCCCUUCCUCAUCCAGCUAUGUUUCUUAAAAGUCUAAUGCACUUUGACUGUGUAAGGAAUGUUUUGGAAGAUUAAACCUUUGCACCCGCCUUC